AUGGAGAAGAUUCUCUUUCCUCUGUUCUUGUUCUUCGUGGCAUUGACCAUUCAAGAAGCUCGUUCUCAACAAUCAAGCGGCCUCUUUGCUCGUAUCUCCCCAUCCACUAAUCCCCCACUCUUCACCCUAACCCUAAACUCGGACGAGAAGUACUUCGUCGAUAUCAAUUCCCCUCUCUUGGUUCGCCGCUGUGAAAGCGAGUCCACCCCACGCGCCAUCGUGCCAUGCGACUCCUCCGCCUGUCCCCUCUCCCGCAGUUUCCGUCCAGCCCCUUGUCCUGUCCCCAACAACACUUAUGUCCGCGGCCAGUGCGCUUGCGUCGCCUCCUCCUUCGACCCGUUUACCGAUGCUUGUGGGAGGAACAUACUCACUACAGAAACCAUUGCUAUCUCCUCCACAAACCCUAGAAAACCCACCUAUCUUGUUCCCCAAGUAAUCGUCCUAUGUGUUCCCACGGUGUUCUUGCCGGAUCUUCCGCCGGGGAUUUCCGGUGUCGCUGGCCUUUCCCGGUCGCCUCUCUCCAUGGGGUACCAACUGGCCUCUUCGACUUCUGGGUUGUCCAGGAUAUUCGGUCUGUGUUUGCCUUCUACCGAUAACCCUGGCAACAGAGGUGGCCUCGUCUUUAGAAACGAUCCGUAUCUGUUGAAAUCUGGGACAAUUCUGGGUUCUAGGAUAACCACGUCGGAGACUCCGUUGAUUCUGAACGAAAAAAUCCCAAACGGUAACUACAUCAGCCUCAGAGACAUUUCCGUCAACGGGAGAGAUGGCUGGUUCGGUCCGAGCACUUUCGCAUUCGAUUCUGCCGGCAGAGGAGGUACCUUGCUCAGCACGACAACUCAGUACACUACGAUGAGAACCGACAUUUACAGAUUCCUUCUCGGAGAGUUCUCCAGAGCGACUUCUCAAAUACCAAGAGCCGGCCUGGUUAGCCCCUUCGGUUUAUGCCUCCGGCUAAGAUCAAGCAGUCCGGUUAACGUUCCUCGGAUCGAUCUAAAGCUGGACAACGGGAAAAUCUGGAGCGUGUAUGGCGCGAACUCGUUGAAGAAGGUGAGUGAUGACGUGUCAUGCCUGGCUUUCGUAGACGGGGGCGCUUCGCCGAGUCAAGCGGUGGUGAUUGGGUCGUACCAGAUGGAGAACAACUUGUUGGUUUUCGAUCUGGAGGGGUCGACUUUGAAGUUUAGCUCGUCUCUGUCUUUGUUUAACACCUCUUGCAAUGUUUUUCAAACCGGUUCUUCAUCAAUGUAA